UUCUCUAGUGCCGCUGAAACAAGUCCAGCGGACUGAGUGUGAUCGUUAAGGUGAUCGUGAAGCAACAACGACACUUUCACGGUGGAAAGUGCGAAGUGCGAGUGCCUAUAGUGUACGGUAGUGAGGUGUUACCUGUCUCCGAGGUCUUCAGGUGCCACCAACGAAGGUGGGAAGCAAAACCUCCAACGUCCGGCGCAAGUUCGAGCCCCGGCCCGAACAUUUGGUCCUUCGAGCCGGAUAGGAGGACGACGUCGAACCUGGGACCUGUAGUGCGGACGGUUAGCGCUGUAGCGGUGUUGGUAAGUGGUCAAUGGAACUUGACCACAAAAGGUGAGGCACUCGAUCUAGUACUACUAACGUUGACGGGUUCCCACAUUUGCACUAAUUUGGCUGGUUGCAAAUGGUGGACAAAUUGCAUGACAAAAUCGCAUGUUUGGCAAAGUGAAAGCAUAAGGCAAAAGAGCAUAAUUCUACGAAUUAGCGACAAACGCAGCUCAAAUUCUACGCGCUGUGCUCUUGAUUCACUUAGAGAGGCACAGAGAGCGAAAAGUGGGCAAGUAAAGCAAAAGUGGGCAAGUACUCAACGAAUGCACUUACAGUGACGCAAACAAAAGUGGGCACGCCAAGUUUUGGUGGUUGGAGAAAUUUCAACAAAAAAUCUGUCUCUAGGAGGAAACUCGAGACUUUGCGUUUGGGUGGUGGCGUUUAGCGGAUUCGCGGAUCGCGAAAAGGGCACACCACAGCUGGAAACACGUUUCGAUUUGUGUCCCUUUCGGUCGUUUUCGUUCGCGUACGCGUAGAGUACCACGCACGCGCGACGGUAAGUGGUAUUCCGCCGCAAUCGUUUCGCGUUUCGUUUCGUUUGGUGAGUGAGUAGAGUGGAGUGUUGAGAUGACAACCAAGGCAGAUAAAAAGCUGGCUGAUCUGCUGCAGAAGCGAGAGCGACUUGUGGCUACACGAGAGGUGGUUGAGAAAUUUGUGGCUGCAUACGAUCACGAAAAGCAUGCUAUCCAAAUACCGGUGCGACUAGAGACGUUGAACAGGACCUACAAGGAAUUCCUUUCCGUGCAGUCAGAAAUCGAGCAGCUGGACAAACCGGAAGCCUUCAAAGCACAUCUAGCGGUGCGGUGCGAAUUCGAGGAUACUUUUUGUGAGGCCAAAGGUUUCCUGCUCUCCAAGGCGGAUCACCAAACAGCGCAUGCGGAUACUUCGUUGAACUCCAGCUUUACUCAUUCACAAGGACCGUCAACAUUCCAUCACAGGCUGCCCAAGAUUGAUCUACCCAAGUUCAAUGGAGACGAAUCAAGAUGGAUUUCAUUCCGAGACAACUUUGUUUCCAUGAUUCACAUCAACGAGGACAUCCCCGUAGUCAACAAGCUACAAUACCUGCUACAAUCGUUAGAGGAUCCCGCCAGAAAACAAUUCGAGACUGUUGAGAUUCAAGCAGAUAAGUACGCGCCAACCUGGGAGGAACUCUUAAAGAAGUACGACAACAAACGCUCGCUGAGAAAAACCCUAUUCCGAAGACUGUACGAGUUGCCAUCAAUGGAAGGCGAAUCAGCACAAGAUUUGAACACGUUGGUUGACGACUUCCAGCGACAUGUCAAAGCCCUGGAGAAGCUUGGAGAGCCGAUCAACCAGUGGGAUACACCGCUCGUAUUUAUUCUCAGCGACAAACUGGAUUACGCUACCCUACGUGCUUGGGAACAGGACUCGAGCAAGAAGGAGUUGGUGACCUACGAGGAGUUGAUAGAGUUCCUGAACAACCACGUUCGCAUGCUGAAGUCUUUCGCAAGUGACUUGCAGCACCGUCAAACCGGCAAUGUCAAGGUGGCCGGCGCUAGUCAGAAGAAAUCCCAAUCAAUUAAGUUCAUCGCAAACGCAGCCACAUCGGAAACAAGGACGUACACACCGCAGUGUCCGUCAUGCUCGAAGCAGCACCUGUUAUACGAAUGUCCAGCAUUUACUAAGCUUGCAGUGAUCCAGCGUCGCGAGCUGGUCACCCAACGAAGCCUGUGCUGGAAUUGCUUCCGCCAAAAUCACCAAGCGCGUGCCUGCAGAUCGAAGUUCUCCUGCAGAAUAUGCCAAGCGAAGCACCACACGCUGCUGCACGACCCAGGUGCACCGGACCACACUCAAGACGCAGCUGUGGCUUCCAAUUCCACAGCUCCUCAACACAACCCGCCUACAACCAUUGGAACCUUUGGAUUAGCAAAUUCCUCUGAAACCAGCCUUCCAAUCGUAGCGAAGCGAGAUACGGUUCUUUUGGAAACAGUAAACCUUCUAAUCACCGAUCACCACGGGAGAGAACUCCUAGUCAGAGCGCUUCUAGAUUCGGCAUCGAUGUCCAACUUCGUCUCGAACAACCUGGCGGACUUGCUCAACAUUCGCAGAAAGAACGUGGAUGUCACCGUAGCUGGACUAGGAGAAUCUGCCAAGAAGAUCGACCAACAAAUCACCACCACAGUCAAGUCGCUAACAAGCCAAUUCUCCACCACCCUCGAUUUCUUGAUCAUGAAACCGCCCAUGGUCAAUCUCCCAAGAAGCGCAGUAGACAUCGCUCAUUGGAACAUGCCCGAUGUCCGACUAGCUGAUCCUCACUUCCACAGGCCAGGAGCGAUCGACAUCCUGAUUGGUGGAGAAUUCUACCAUGAACUUCACACCGGACAACGCAAGCCAAUCGGUGACGGACUUCCGUUACUUGUCGAAACUCAUUUCGGAUGGACAGUAACUGGCAAGAUUCCCACCAAGUCCGACGGAGCGUCCACGUUGUGCUGCUUCUCCACCACCGCUCGAACUUUACUAGUAGCUCCUCAACCCAUUUUGGAGCUCGAAGCUGCCAAACCAAACGCAAGCCAUCCUACCAAACAAAGUUCCUCCACUCCCACUCAAACUCACAACGGAAGAUACGUCGUAUUUCUUCCUCGGUCGAAAAAUCCGCAAGUCACCCACGGCAACUCCCGCGAGAGUGCCGCGCAUCGCGUUUCUACCCACGCAAGCCGCCGUAAAAAAGUCCCAUCUACGAAACCCGCCAAGAAAGCUCGCCUCAGCCACAUGCGUAAGGACAACAAUACCAAGCCCCACUGUUGUUUCGGAUACCCGCUAGCCAGCUCGUUCAUGCAAGCAGAUCUACGAUCGUGCUUCGGUCAAACAUCUCCAGCCGUCAACGGUGCAGGAAACGAGAUGAUCGAACGGCAGACCGAAAUGCAGCUGACCAACAAAUCGCCAAAGCGCACAUGCCGUGCCGUUCCGUCAAAAUCGCUCACGUUCUUCAAUCAACCACACCUCCGCAAGUUGGCCGAAGCUGAAAGCUGUCCGGCGCCAAGGCAGAACAAGUUCUACAAGCAGCACGUCUACAAAGGAGAAGUAUCAACGGCAGGAGAAGGCUUGCAGAAAGCCGAAUUUGCAGAAUCUUCAAAGAUCGGUCGAGCUGUCCGAAACAUGCUCAAUGCGAAAUUGGAAUGUGAACAGGUGAGUACCGUUCCAUUCGCUCCAUCUCCACCCGUUCGUUCUACCGGGUCUUUUGCUGUUCCAGAUGAUGCACGCGAGUCAAGUCAACCACCACCAAGAGCUGCAGAAACUCCAAAGACCGGUAGAGCACUCCGAAACUGCUCGAUGCGCAUAAGGAAUGCGAACUGAUGAUGCCACGUGAUUCAAGCAGGUC